AUGCGCACGUCGACCGUUGAACAAACGGCCAACGCCGAGUUGACCUGCGGCUGCAAUAAGAAAUGCAUCGAGCGAUACUUUCCCCCGUGCAAGCCGCUCAACUCGAUCCCUAGCAUCGGGCACGUCCUGCCACCGGUAGGGUCGACGACCACCGGCGCUAGCUCUCCCGACCCAUCUCGAUUUACUGCCGUGAUAGGAUCGACGAGCGGUCUGGCUAGAGAAGAGUACCGUCUACCAGGCCGCAUCGGUAUGCACGGUCGCAGCAUGCGUCGCGUCCGCUAUGACAUCGACUACCGCAUGCUACCAGGUGCUGACGCUGCGUCUGUGUCAAGACGCCUUCGCUCGUCCGGACGGUUUAGGGAGUAUGGCGCGCGUUUGUAUCGUGAUCCUCGGUUGGCAGGAAUCUUCUGGCACCUCCAACGCCAGCGAUGUGGUACCCUACGCCGGCAAGUGGUGCUUCUCCCGCGGCUUGCCGUGUGGGCCGCGACGUAUGAUCCCACUAAAGCCCGGCUAGGCUGCGCUCUCUCUUUUUGGACCCGCGUUAGGGCUCGUGUAUUGUUGAAGACGGAGACGACUUCGUGGCCGCCUUUUCAGACGUUCUGCAUGUGCGCUAUGCAAACGCGGGGCCGUAUCGAACCCCGAGCGUGGCUGUGA